AAAAUACACGAUGAACCCCUCUCUCUCAAAGGUCUACUGAAAUGGGGUGGUGAAAGACUUUUUAAUAUGUGAUCACAGGUGUCCCUCUCCAAUAUGGCGGCUUCAUUGUCGUGCCAACCUGUUUGUUACCUUUGCUAGAAAUAAACAUUAUCCCAGUCCUAGCUCUGAAAUGUUCUUUUUAGACUGAGUAAACAGAGUUACUAAGAUUACUGCAGACAGAUUUAAAAUGUUUUAUAUGGGUUCAGUUACAACAAUAGGCAAGUGCAGGUUUUAAAAGUCCCCGUUAGACACGGGAAGCUUGAGUUUGAUGCUAGAACAGCAGGGAAAGGACGCUGCUUACAGUAAAAACUAAAGUCUCCAUUUGUCCGGGCGCACUCUCUUCUUCAUGUUCUGUCAGGAAUGUUCAUGUGUGUGUUGCAUUGAUAACAAGGGUGUGUGUCUGUGUGUGACAUGUGAGAGAUCGAUAAUAUGGAGUAAAGCAGCACCGAGAAUGGAAACACCAUAAGGGACGAGGAGUUGCCAUGGCUGACCCAGACCUUUCAGCACAGAGUGGGGGCUACGACGUGGAGCUGUUUGUAGACCCUCCGGACUACGAUUUGAUCUGCACCAUUUGUCAGGGGGUCCUCAGAUGUCCAGUAAGAAGUGCAUGCCACCAUAUCUUCUGCAAGAAAUGCAUCUUACAGUGGCUGAAAAGACAGGAGACCUGCCCCUGCUGCAGGAAGCCGGUAAACCCAAGCCUGAUCUUUGUCAUGUUCAAGUUGAGCAAAUCGAUUGGACGCUUGAAAAUAAAGUGUAAAAAUGAGAUCCGUGGCUGUGCAGAGACCUUUUCCCUCUCAGAGCAGUACUGUCACAGCAUGACAUGCCUGUACGAGCUCAUCCCCUGCCCGUACCAGGGCUGCAGGGCGCAACUCCUGCGCAGGGACAUUGACACUCAUGCGCGCCACUGUGAGCACUGGCGGCAGCCCUGCCACAUGGGCUGUGGGACAAUACUCACUCACAGCACCCAGACUCAGCACAACUGCUACAAACAGCUGAGGCAGGAGUACGAGGCCAGGCAGAGGAACCACAGGGCCAUCGCCACGGCCCUGCAUAGGAAGAUGAAAAGGAUGCAAAGCACCAUGGCCCACAUGAAGAGGCAAAUAGGGUUAAUAUGUGAGAGCCUGGAGGUAAUGGAUGACCUACACGAGGUGGAAGAGGAAGUGGACCUUGGAGAGAGCAGCGGCAGUUCCAGUGGGUCUUCAAGCAACAGCAACUGCUAAGGGAGCAAAUUGCUCAUGUGUUUGUUUUCUUCAGGUGAUGUGCUUAAAAUGAGUGAUUCUUUGGCCAGUUUGUUCUGUAGACCUAAUUAUUUCUUAAAUAAAUUAUUCAGUAUUAAAUUGUCUGUGAAUUUUACCUUAGGAAUAGAGAAUGAAUCAAUUUGUUGUUGAUUGAUAAUUAGUACAAACACUUUAAAUGUAGAAUUAUGAAUACUUUGACUAUUUAUGAGCCAAGCAAUACUAAGAUUGCUUGGCUCAUUAGUCAUUUCAGCAAGACUAAUGAAUUAAUAGAAUACAAAAUAUGUAAUUAUGUAUAAUAAGAAAUUAUAAUAGCAUUAGUAGCAUUGUGAAUAGUGAUAACAAUAGUACUAAAAAUCAUAAUACAUACCUGCAACCUUUAAAACACUUUACAUUUCAAGUUUCCUAAAACAAAGGUGGAUAAUAUCACCUUAAAAGAAAGAAUAAUGUGUGUUGUUCUUUCUUUUAAGUGUUUA